GUCAAGGGGGUAUAACUCACGAAUUCAACUUACUGGAGUUGUCUCCCUUGGAGUAAAUCUUUGCUGGGCGAAAAAGACCGGGACCAUUUGGAGAUGUCGUCUGCUUGCUCUCGAAGUUCAGAGCACAAAUGAUUUGCUGAUUACUGAAGACGAAGAUAUUAUCAAGAUUAUCAGUAGUUGCUGAUUACUGACUUGCAAUAGUCCUUGUUUAAGGAACUUUCGUCAACGAAGAUAUUAUCAAGAUGGCAACAACAUGGAAACCUCCAAAAUACAACUUCUCCUUGCUGGAAACCCCGAACACAGCCUUGAUCACAAGUAGGGGUCCUCUCACAGGAUCUGGCACACCUGCAUGUAACAGAUUCUCCACCCCCAGGGGCCUGUAUCCUGGGAAAUCUAGUACAAGCAGUGUAGAACCCAGAUCAAGGGGCAGUUCCACGUCAUUGGGUGUGAACACCCCAAGAAAUACCACAGGUUCUGCCCAAGCCAGGACCCCAGGGUCUUCCCGGGCCAAUACUCAUGGGCCUGCCCGAGGUGGAACGCCAGGGUAUGCCCAAGCUGGAACCUCGGCGUCAAGUGAGACCCCAUACAACUCCAGCUCUUCUACUCCUGAAGAAGAGUCUUCUGUCAUUGUUGCGUUGACGGAGGGGCGUGGCCAGGCUCGAGGGGAAGUCGGCAUGGCUUGUAUUGACCUAAGGAGCCCAGUAUUGGUUCUGUCUCAGUUCUGUGACACAGUCACCUAUGUGAAAGCUGUGACUAAGCUACAACUGUACAAUCCCAUAGAAAUUGUUCUACCACAUACAGCUGGUGAGAGGGGAAGCAUGACAAAGCUGUUCAAAAUCAUCAGUGACACCUUUGUAGGAAGCAGCAUUUCAACCAUACAGAGGAAGUAUUUCAACGAAACUAAAGGUUUACAGAUGAUAAAACAACUUCGCCUGCCUGAAAUGAAGACAUUGGAUAUGGAUUUGGCAUCAAAGUAUUAUUGUCUGUCUGCGGCUGCAGCAUUGCUCAAGUACGUGGAGUUUAUACAGAACAUCAUGUUUGCCCCGCAAUCUCUCAAGAUCAUCUUCAAGGGCAGUGAAAACACAACCAUGAUUGAUGCAUCAACUGCUCGGAGCUUAGAGUUGGUUGAAAACAUGAAAGAUCCAAGAAGCCGUCACAGUUUAUACGGGGUCCUCAACUUCACAAAAACGCCAGGGGGUGCUAGAUUUCUCCGUGCCAAUAUUCUUCAACCUCCAUGUGACUUGGACACGAUCACUUUACGACAAGAUGCCGUCACGGAGCUGACAGAGAAUGAAGAGCUGUUCUGUAACCUCCAGGUGGUUCUGGGAAGAUUCAUUGACAUUGAUCACCUCCUCUCCCUCUGCAUUCAAAUCCCCAAACAAGAGACGGUCAGAAUAGCUGAGAGGAAAAUCACUCACAUCAUAUACCUGAAACACACUCUGGAACUGGUGGAGCCGUUGUCAGCCGCACUGGAGGAGUGCAUCAACCCACUGUUCAGAGCUUUUAGACAGACUCUACAAGAUGAUGGGUUUGGGGUAAUAAUGGAGAAGAUAAAGACUGUGAUUCAUGACGACACAAGAUUCCAGAAAGGCACGCUCAAUAUGAGGACACAGAAAUGUUUUGCUGUCAGACCAAACAUUAAUGGUUUGCUAGACAUCGCCCGGAGAGCGUACACAGAGAUUGUGGAUGACAUAGCAGAGAUUACCAAACAGUUGGGUGAGAAGUUCAACCUCCCUCUGAAGACCGGCUACAAUUCCUGUCGUGGGUUCUUCUUGCAGCUGAACUGUGGAGGUAAAAAUCCCUACUCGGCUGAUGAUCUGCCAGGAAUCUUCAUCAAGAAGGUCAAGCAUCGGAACACACUCAGCUUCACAACAUCAGACAUGAUUAGAUUAAAUGAUCGAGCCAAGGAGUCUUUGCGAGAAAUCUACCUGAUGACUAACGUUGUGGUCACAAGGUUGCUGAGUGAUAUAAGAGACGAUGUGGGAUGUCUGUACAAGCUGACAGAGGCUGUAUCUGUCCUGGACACUCUGGUCUCCUUUGCCCAUGCCUGCACACUCUCAAACUAUGUGAGGCCAGAGUUCACGGACACAAUGGCCAUCAAACAAGGUCGGCAUCCUAUCCUGGACAAGAUCCUUGAUGAGCCACCAGUACCUAACAACACGUAUGCCUCUCAGGACAGUAAUUUCCUAAUACUCACUGGACCCAACAUGAGUGGAAAGUCGACGUACAUCCGUCAGAUGGCGCUGCUGCAGAUCAUGGCUCAGAUUGGUUCCUUUGUACCAGCUGACUAUGCGUCCUUCCGCAUUGCAGACCAGAUCUUUACCCGAGUUAGGACAGAUGAUGAUCCGGAGACGAAUGCCUCAACAUUCGUCCUUGAGAUACGAGAGGUAAAUUACAUCAUCCAGAAUGCAUCCCAUUCCUCUUUGAUUAUUAUGGAUGAACUUGGUCGAGGAACCAGUUGUGAUGAAGCAGUAGGAAUAUGUCAUGCUAUUUGUGAAUAUCUCCUCAACCUCAAGGCAUUUACAUUCUUUGUAACUCACUUCAUGGAAUUGACCAAUCUUGCUGAGCUCUAUCCAAAUGUAGAAAAUUACUGUUUUCAAGUCCAGCAGCUUGUCAGUGCAACAGGGAAAUGUGACAAAACCAUUCAUUCUCACAUCCUGUCGAAGGGGAAGACAGAAGAAAAUCACUAUGGUCUGCGAUUAGCUGAAAUCUCCACCAUGCCCAGACCUGUGGUGGAGGGAGCCAAAAGACUGUCCAAAAUGUUGGAAGAAGAAGAAGAAAAGAACAAAAACAAGUUGAGUGCUGAGACACUGAAGGAACAAGCCACUUUCAAGCUGGCCACCAAACUGAUACAGGCAGCGCGUAACUCUCGGCUGGAGGAGGAGAGCCUCAGAGGCUAUCUGAACACCCUGAAGAAACAGUACCUGAAGGAGAUUGAAGAGGCAGAAAAAGUGGCUGAGAGUGAAACCAAUACCUCAUCAUCUGAGGUUUGACAAAAGAAAAAACCCCACAGAAACAAUCAAAACAAUGAAGGACUGCUGCGAUUUAGAAAGAGAUAAUAUAUUAUAUUCUACCUCGUCAUAAACAGUAAAUACAGUUAUACAGACACCAGAUGUGACGGCCCAAACUAUCUCCUUGUACAGACAGCUGACAUGAUGGCUCAGCCUGCCACAUUACACUGAGUGUUACCUAAUAAUAAAAAGUGAAUUGAAAAUCAAAAAAAAAAAAAAGAAUGAAUUUGAUUAUAUUGAGGAGGGCAGUGAUUUGAUUACUGUGUCAGUGUUACCUCUAACUUCACAGUUCAUAUCUGUGACUGCUAUUAUUGGUGUGUUGGCUUGAGGUUUAGCAUUGCUUUCAACACUAUUUCAUUCAUGUCAUGGCAGUUUCUCCUUGCCACUGGCUGACUUUAAUGCCAGCGUGUUUACAAUGCUACAUCCUUUUGCUAUGUCAAAUAAAUCAGACCACCUACAAGUUGCUGUACACUUUCAAUAUACUCACACCUCGCAUGACGGCCCAACCUGUCUAAAUAUACAGACAUCAGACAUGACGGCCAAACUUGUUUCACUAGACAGACAUCAGACAUGAUGGCCUAACUUGUUUCAGUAUACAGACACCAGACAUGACGGCCUAACUUGUUUCAGUAGACAGACACCUUACAUGAUGUCCCAACUUGUCACAGAAGA